CGUCCUCGUAUGGAAAUCAUGCAUUACAAAUCCUUUUCUUGAGGUAAAUCAGCAUUACAAAUUUCAUUUCUCAUGCUGGGGAAACUUGUAAUGCAUUUAUACGAGUACGAUACUUUUGCAAUUCAUAGAGACUAUCCAGUGCCAAUAUCGAUCUGGGUCUGGAAGAGGAAGGUUGCAACUUGUGACACUGUCUUUGGAUCUUAA